AUGGUCCGGGCAGUCCCGUCCGACAGACAGUUGUCCCGGCUGGCAUCCCGUCUCGGUUCGGAGUGGGAGUCGGUUCUCCUCGACCUGUGCCUCUCGACAGGGGCGCUGUACUGUUGCCAUGCCGACCACCCUCUGAGCUUGCAUGGGAAAGUGCUAGCGGGGCUGAUCCAGUGGCGGCAGAGCCAGGGGAGGAGCGCUACAGUCCACAGGCUGCUCCAAAGCCUACAGGCCGCUGAUGUCCACCCCUCUACCCUGGAUGAGGUGUUCCAGUGA